CAGUGGAGACGCUGGAUGGUAGCCCUGCCCUCUCUGGGCGACGCACCUUAUACAGGACAGGCUUCAGCGGGAGAACACCGGCGCGCUGCGCCCUGACAACCUCUCUGCCCCCUACUUGAGUACAGGUGGAUCUGACACCGGGUCGCAUCAACAACCCCGCACUUCGACCUUUUCUCCAUCCCAUGAAGACGGGUCACUUUUUCUCUGUUAUCGUUUUCACCCUGCAUCUCAGUUACUCAGCACAGUCCCAAUGGAUAUCUACAGCUCCGCGUUAUCCCCAGCGCUGGACAUCUGCACAGGUUGCUAUCUGCUGGUUGUAGCUGUUCUCUCCAUUCUGGGAAAUCUGCUGGUCAUCAUCAUGGCCGUCAAAAAAUCAUCGAGGAUGAAGCCGCCGGAGCUGCUGAGUGUGAAUCUGGCAGUGACAGACCUGGGAGCAGCUAUUACUAUGUACCCCCUGGCAGUGGCCUCUGCAUGGAGCCACCGCUGGCUCGGGGGAGACAUUACUUGUACAUAUUAUGGCCUGGCAGGGUUCUUCUUCGGCAUCGCAAGCAUCAUGAACCUGACUAUCAUGGCCAUAGUGCGCUUCGUUGUGUCUCUUAAUCUGCAGUCUCCGAGUGAGAAAAUCAGCUGGAUGAAGGUGAAGAUACUGUGCUUGUGGAGCUGGUUCUACGCUCUGAUCUGGGCUCUGUUCCCCAUUCUGGGCUGGGGACGGUAUGGCCCGGAGCCCUUCGGCCUCUCCUGCUCUCUUGCCUGGGGUGACAUGAAAAAUGAGGGCUUCUCUUUUGUCAUCUCUCUUUUCUCCUUGAACCUCGCCAUGCCUUCUGUCAUCAUCAUCUGCUGCUACUUUGGCAUCGCCAUCAACCUCUAUUUCACCCACAAAAAAUCGAUGAACAGCAUCCGAGUCCCCAACAUUGUCAAGCUACAUCGAAGGCUGUUAAUAAUUGCCGUGUUGAUCAGCGCCGGCUUCAUCGUCUGCUGGGCGCCCUAUGGCCUGGUAAGCCUGUGGUCUAUUUUCCGUGACAGUAGCACCAUCCCGCCUGAAGUUAGUCUCCUGCCGUGCAUGUUUGCAAAGAGCUCCACCGUAUACAAUCCUAUGAUCUACUACAACUUCAGCAAGAGCUUCAAAAGGGAGGUAAAGCAGCUGUGCUGGUUGUGCCUACGCUCUAAUUCAUGCCACGCCUCCAACAGCAUCAACGACAACAGCAUUUAUAUGGUUAGCACUAACAUCAAGCCCAGAGUAGCAGCGCAAUAUACUAUGGAGGAGAUCUCGGAGUCAAAGAUAGUGACCUUGGGUUGAAAGACUUUUUUUGGGAUAUGCUUGAGAGGAAAGACGUCACUGUUCAACAAAGACUUUUGUGCUGUUAACGAAUGAAUGGUCUCAUAAUGUGUUAUCUCACAAACAUUGUCAGAAUAGGUAAUGCUAUUAUAAUGUAACAAGCAGGUAAUGCUGGCCCCUUUUGUGUGAGGCCAGAAUGAAGUGUUUGCACAACAGGUUAAAUGCUGUGAAGGUUCAGCCAACUAAGCUAUAUAUUAGAUUUAAUGCGCACAACUGUAUGUACUUGCAAAAGCCAAUAAACAAAGUAAAAAAAGAUUUAAUAGUGCUUACAGGUGGCAAAAAAUAAACACACAAAAAAAGAUGAAAGAGAUGUUUACUUUAAUGAUUCAGGUUUCAUCUGUGAUAGAUAGUCGUUUGAUUGAAUAAUUCCUUCUUCAUAGUUUUGUGACACCAAAUCAGUAUUUUCCUAUAUGUAUAUAUAUAUAUAUAUAUAUAUAUAUAUAUAUAUAUAUAUAUGUAUAUAAACGGGGGGAACAGUAAGGCUCUGUUAGUGAGCUUUAGAGGUUUAUUGCUGUUUCUGUCCCUCAUUGGAUGUAUUAUUAAUAAAAAGAUAAACUAAAGCUUUAUCCAGAACUAU